CCUCUGUCUGGGCCGAUGACAGCUGCAGCGCAGGGCAGCUAGCCUUUCAACGUGGAUCAUUUCCUCAAAAACGGACUUCCGGAUGCUUGCAGAUUGUUUGUUAUUGGAUUAAGCAUCAGCUGCAGCUUUAUCCUGUCAAGCCAGAGAGAGAGAGAGAGAUUCGUGUCGCUGGACAGGGAGGAGUCUCUGCUCUUCCUCCGUUAGCUGAAGCCAUGUUUUAACAGAGACACCUGCAGAAAGGCUGAAGCUGCGAAUUGGACCUAAAUGUGCUCUUAGAGGAUGGAUGUGAGUGCUGGCAGGGACAGCACCUGGAGAACAACAACAGCAGCUGAUGAUGAGGAUGGUGGUGAUGAUGGAGGAGGAGGAGGCAUGGAGGUUCACGUUGUACCACUGGAGCUCUACGACUCUGCAAGAGCCAAAAUAGAAGCAAAUCUCCGCUGGUUGUUUGCCAAAGCCUAUGGUAUAGAUCACAUCCCUGUCGAUCUACGAGACCCCUUUUAUACAGACCAGUAUGAGCAGGAACACAUCAAACCCACCAUCAUUCACCUGCUGCUGUCUGGCGAGCUCUACUGUCAUGUGUGUGGACUCAUCCUUCGUGCUGAGCAGGCUGCCUCCCUGCAAAGCCACCAGUCUGUCAUCCAAGCCCUGUCCAGAAGAGGCAUCUAUGUCCUGGAGAACAACACUGCACCAGUGUCUGAUCUGGAUCUAAGCUCGUCUCCCAUUAAAAUGAGCUCUCACAUCCACCUCAUUGAUGCCCUGAUGUUGGCCUACACAGCAGAGAUGAUCAGCAUCGAGAAGGUGGUGUCCAGUGUCAAGCGCUUCACAAACAUCAGCGCCUCCAAGGAGCUUCCAUAUGACCUGGAAGACGCAAUGAUCUUUUGGAUUAAUAAGGUUAACAUUAAGAUGAAGGAGCUCACAGAAAAGGAAAGUAAACUGAAGCAACACCUGCUGGAGUCGCCAAGUCACCACAAACCUGAUUUAGUGCAUGCUCUGGCCCAUUGCUUAUUGGAGCCUGUGGAGUUCUCUUGUGUGCGGUACCGCAGAGAUCACCUGUCUGGCCGCACUCUGCAGCACUUCCCUCUGUUGGACGACCUGUUGAAGGACGUGUGUGACGGUUCAGCUCUGCUAGCCAUGAUCCACUUCUACUGCCCAGACCUCAUUAGACUGGAAGAUAUCUGUUUGAAAGAGGUUCCUUCCAUUGCUGAAAGUGUGUACAACAUCCAGCUGCUGAAAGAGUUUUCUAAUGAAUAUUUAAGUGAAUGUUUCCAUCUGAAGCCCGAGGACCUGCUGUACUCUCCACCGGUGUUAAAGAUUAAUGUCAUGGUCUUCAUCGCUGAGCUUUUCUGGUGGUUUGAGAAUGUGAAGCCAGACUUCGUACAGCCCAGAAGCCUUCAGGAAAUCAAAGAUGUGAGACUUCUGCUCCAGCCCAAAAGUUCUCGAUCUUAUGUACCCACCUCAAAUGUUAACAAACGACAUUGCAUGCCAUCAUCCCACUCAGAGGACAUCUUGACCUCAACCACAAGCACAGACAUGAGCAAAACAACAACUUCCUCCAUCUCAUCUCACUCGUUGCUCCCCUUGAGACAGAGACAGCAGAGGGCGGUUGAAAAGGGCACUUCAGAGUUGAGGAAAAGGUCAAACCCCAUGACACGAUCAGAUGGGCACCAUCAGGACUCCAUAUUGGCGUGGUCAGAGAGAAAAACAAGACCUUUAUCCCAGCCGGUGCCCUACACUCUGCAUUUUGCAAAAGAGGAUGAAUCAGACAGCAUCAGCAUCGCUCGAUCCAUCAGCAAAGACAGCUUAGCCUCUAACAUCAUGAGCAUUACUCCCAAACAUAUGCUGGGGUCAGCUCUGCCUCAGCACCGACUCAGUGGCCAAAGCCUGCUUAGUCACAUGUGCAUAGAAGAUGAAGAGGAGGUAAUAGAGGAGGAGGAACUUGUUUCUGUUAUCCACCCUUCUGCAUUUUCUCGACACAGAGUCAGAAGUGAAAUGGAGCAGGAUGAGCUGGAAACGCAUAAUUUAAACUUAUCCUCCAGGGAUUCUAAAACCCGUCAUGUUCUCCCCCCUGACACAAGUCCCUUUACUCUGGACCACCAGGCAGACAGCUACUAUCUGGAGCCUUUGAUACCGGCUGUCCCUAAGCGAGCCAAAGAGAAGAUUAUCACUGUGAACAAGCAGGAAGAAAGCGGUGAAGGUUGCUGUAGAGGAGCAGAAGCUGGUAAGAAAGCUACAGCCAAUGUACCUAACAGCUCAAAAAGGAAAUCUCCUUUAGUUGAGCCAAACAGAAGUGCCGGCCCACCGAGACCUGUGGAAAAAUCAGUGCUUAGCUCAACAGGCAUCUCUCAGUCUGGGAAACAUUCUCCAGGAUUUUUCCUUCAUUCGUCAGGGGAAACAGACCACCACAGUUCAUUCACCCCUAUGCCCGAAGUAGGGCAUGACUCUGAUUCUGACAUUGCAGACCUUGAGGAAGACGAUGAUGAGGAUGAUCAGACAGAGGUGUUGAGGACAAGUAGGGGAGAUUGUUUAGAGAAGGAAUACAUGCCUGAGUUUGGCGACGGAGAAGGCGAAUCAGCCAAACUCAGAGAGGACUUGAAGGUGACAGAGAGGGAAGAUAAGGAAGAUGUCAGCGGACGCUCAAGUCCUUGCCCAAGUACUGUAUCGUGGGCAAGCAGCUGCAGCGCCUCGGGUAGCAUAGGUGUCAAGAUGACCAGCUUCGCAGAGAAAAAGCUCCUUAAACUCGGCCUCCGUGAUGGAUACUCCAGUACCAGCAGUUCCCAGAAGACCACACCAGAUGGCUCUGAAAUUGCACCUCAGUGGCUAGGGAAGGAGUCUUGUGCUGCACUGGAGAAGAAUGUGAUGGUUUGUCCAUCAGUUGUGCCUUCAGAGUUGCUUCAGCUACACAUGCAGCUGGAAGAGCAAAGGCGUGCGAUAGAGUAUCAGAAGAAGAAAGUGGAGGCCUUGUCAGCUAGGCAGAGACUAAAGCUUGGGAAAGCUGCAUUCCUGAACAUUGUUAAGAAGAGUGAAGGGAGGAGCGACACACUUCCUUUACCACCAAAACACUCCCAGGAUUCUUCUGGAUCAACAACGGCUAGCAGGAGGAAAGUUAAGACCCAGUCCUGCAAGGAUGAUUCCUGUUUAGAUGCCCUGAAAGAUCAAACUGAAGAACAACUGAUAAACAAAGACAACAAGUGGAACACCUCAUCCCAGUAUAAUAGCUCUGAACCUGAUGUAAACGGGUGUUCCCGCUCUAUAGAUCUACUUAAUCAAGCUAUUAGCUCUAUUCAGCAACAGAUGAUGCAGCUCUCUUUACAGCAGGACCUCUUGAUGAAGCAGAAUGUGGUUUCACCCCAAGACAGUUUGCAAACAGACCAAAGCACAACCCCCAAUGCCACACAAACAACUCCCUCUACCUCAGACCCCAGAUCUUUUGCAGUUCAUUUUGUAGAUAUCAGUGGCAGCAGUUCUCUCCCUGCGCGCCGUCCUCCCAAGCUUAGCUCCAGCCAACGCAGCAAAGCAACAGAGCAGAAAAAGAGCAAAGAAAACACUAAAACCGUUGCCACCAACUCAACCAUCCCAUCCCCAGAAAGCCAGCCUUCUCCAAAAAAAUGUGCUGAUGGAGAGCACGAGACAGGGCAUGCUGUCGAGAGCUACAAAACUGAGAGAAGUAUUCAGAGGAAGGCCACCUUUAGAGUUCAUGAAAGCCCCACAGAGAGAGGUGGGAACUGCUCAGGCAAAUCAAAUUCACAAGACCCACCGGUUAUUGCCAACUCCUCAGAAUCCAUAACAGAAGAUGCAGAAGAAGAGGAGAAACAAGUUUCUAACACAAGCAAUGAGAUUGGCAAUGUUGAUGAAAGUAUGAGGCUCAGAGGUCAGCUGAUUGAGGUUGACUUGUCUGAGAUUAAAGAUCCACUGGAGAAUGGCAGCACAGGCAGUAGAGAGAGCUCAGCAGAAGUUGAGCAGAAGAACGUGUUAGGCUUCUUUUUUAAGGAUGACGAGAAAGCAGAGGAUGAAAUGGCCAAACGUCGCGCUGCCUUCCUCCUCAAACAGCAGCGCAAAGCGGAAGAGGCAAGACUUCGCAAACAGCAGCAAGAAGUAGAGAGUGAGCUCAAACGUGACGAGGCUCGGCGUAAAGCUGAGGAGGAGCGUGUGCGGAAGGAGGAGGAGAAGGCACGGCGAGAGCUAAUUAAACAGGAGUAUUUGCGGAGGAAGCAGCAAGCACUUAUGGAAGAGCAAGGUUUGGUUAAACCUCGCACAAGAACUAAACCUCGCAGAAACAGACCCAAAUCACUGCACCGUGAAGAAUCCAGCAGCUUCUCCAAAGGAUCCACCACACCUGAUCUGAGUCUCAGUCACAGAGGAUCAACGCUCUCUUUGGCGACAGAUGCCGACAGCGUUAUCUCUGGAGGCGCAGAGUCAAACAGGGCUGGGUCUGUGUGCUCCAUGGAGUCAUUCCCCGUCCUGAGCAGGGCCUCCAGCAGGAACAUGGAGCGGGAUUGGGAGAGCGGCUCUAUAGCCUCAUCCAUCAUUUCCACCGAGUACAAUGGUCCUAAACUUUUCAAGGAGCCGAGCUCUAAAUCGAACAAACCAAUCAUCAUCAAUGCCAUCGCCCAUUGCUGCCUUGCUGGAAAAGUUAACGAGGUCCAGAAGAAUGUUGUGCUUGAGGAGUUAGAAAAGUGUGAAUCCAACCACCUGAUCAUCCUCUUCCGCGACGGUGGGUGCCAGUUUCGUGCCAUUUACUCUUACUCACCGGACACUGAGGAGAUCAUCAAGUUCACAGGCACUGGCCCACGCACCAUCAGCCGAAAGAUGAUCGACAAGCUUUACAAAUACAACUCGGAUCGCAAACAGUUCACAGUCAUUCCUGCCAAGUCCGUGUCUGUUAGUGUGGACGCUCUGACCAUCCACAAUCACCUGUGGCAGGUCAGGAGACCAGGGAGUGCACGCCGGAAGUGAACACGUUAGGACAUGUAACAAUUUUUGAAGCUAUUGAAGGGCAGGACAAAUAACUCAGAGGAGACUAACAUCUUCCUAGGGGAAGGUUUUAUGAUAUGUGGCAGUGUGAGUAUGCACAGUAUAAAACGCCAACCAACAUGUACUAAACAUCUUGUCAUUGCUUUAUUCUGCAUGUCACACUUCAGUAUUUUAAUUUAAAAAUGGUUCAUACAUCAAUAAUACACAGAUGGGGAUUUUUUUUUCAUGCACCAGGAAGAUAAACUAAACUGAUGAGUGUAAUUUAGCUAAUUCUCUGCACAGUGGCAAA